CCACAGGAAGACGGAAGCAAAUGCCGAGCACUUGCAAACUCAUCGCUGGAAUCAUCGAGGAGGUUGCAAGGACAUACGCCGAACGCUUGGGAUUAUGACUUCUCUGGAUGUUUCAUAUUAAACGGUCACCGUAUCCUUAUACUAAACCCUUCAUUGACGUUACUCGCCCUUCAGCCAUACAGACGGGAACAGAAUGGCAUCGAUUUUUCUCACCAGGUCCCGGACACCGUUGUUGAAAACAUCUAGAUCAUUAAAGAACGAAUUCAGAAAAGGAAAGUUGACAGAAGGAGCAUGCUUUAACUGCAGUGCACUGCGGUUAGCCCCAAACAGUCCUGCUAUUCUUGGAUGUAGUGUGCGUACCGUCCAGCACUCCGAUUUCUCCACAAAUCAGCUCCGCUGGACCAGGUCAUCACGUCUCUACUGUGCCAUCCUUGUACCUGACCAUGUCCUGCCAGGCCACACCCACUCCACUCAUCACAGGACGAUAGCUUGGUCACAAAACGCCUCCGUUCGAUGGGUGCAUACAACAGGCCGGCUCCACGACGAUUCUAAAGUUGAGCGUUCUUUACGUUCGCUGAAGGAUCGGAAUAAAAAGCUGGAGGAGGGUGGGCCGGUCUACAGUCCGACGGUGGAUGCAGAGCCAGUGAGACGGACAAUAGGGCAACGGGUGAUUGAUGAGGUGAAGCACUACUAUCAUGGAUUCCGUCUGUUGUGGAUAGAGACAACCAUCGCCGUGCGCAUGAUGUGGAGGAUACUGAACGGAAACACUCUGUCACGCCGUGAGAGGAGACAGUUCCUGAGGACGUGUGCAGAUGUCUUCCGCCUUCUGCCCUUUCUGGUUUUUAUCAUCGUUCCAUUUAUGGAGUUUCUGCUUCCGGUUGUUCUGAAGCUUUUCCCUAACAUGCUGCCAUCCACCUUUGAGACACAGUCCAAGAAGGAGGAACGUCUGAAGAAGGAGCUGAGAGUAAAGCUGGAGAUGGCCAAGUUCUUGCAGGACACGAUUGAGGAGAUCGCACUGAGAAACAAAGCAGCCCAGGGCGAUGUGACUGAAGAGUUCUCCACUUUUUUCCAGAAGAUCCGUGACUCAGGAGAGAGACCAAGUAAUGAGCAGAUCAUACGUUUCUCUAAGCUCUUUGAGGAUGAACUGACUUUAGAUAAUCUGACGCGGCCGCAGCUGGUGGCAUUGUGCAAACUGCUGGAGCUUCAGUCCAUCGGCACCAACAACUUCCUGCGCUUCCAGCUCAUCAUGAAACUGCGUGCCAUCCGUGCAGAUGACAAGCUGAUAGCUGAGGAGGGAGUGGACAGUCUGAAUGUGAACGAGCUUCAGGCGGCGUGUCGCGUGAGAGGAAUGAGAGCUCUGGGUGUGACGGAGGACAGGCUUAGAGAGCAGCUUAAACAGUGGUUGGAGCUUCACCUGAAUCAGCACAUCCCAACAUCUCUGCUGCUGCUGUCUCGAGCCAUGUUCCUGCCCGACACGCUGUCCCCUGCAGACCAGCUCAAAACAACACUACAGAUCCUGCCUGAGAUCAUGACUAAAGAAGCACAGGUGAAGGUGGCAGAGCUGGACUUCUCCAAAGUGGAUAACAAGACCAAGCUUGAGGCCACGCUACAGGAGGAGAAAGCUAUCCGUGAGGAGCACAGAGAGAAGGAGCUGGAGAGACAGGCCGACGCUGCAGAGAAAGCAAAGGAACAGGCCGCAAGGGAGGUGGAGGUGCUGGAUGCUGACAGACGGGUGGAUGCAGAACAUGAUCUCUCAAGUGUAGAUGUGGCCAUCCAUUCAGAAACAUUACGAGAUACGGCACCGGUUCUGGAGGGUAUUAAGGGAGAGGAAAUCACCAAGGAGGAGAUUGACAUGCUGAGUGAUGCCUGCACCAAGCUGAAGGAGCAGAAGAAACUCCUCACCAAGGAGAAGGAGGAACUGGAGGACCUCAAAGAUGAUGUGCAGGAGUAUAGCGAGGACCUGGAGGAGAUAAAGAGAGAGCUGUCCAAGACGGGGCAGGAGAAAGAGGUGCAGGAGUCUAAAGCAAGCAAACAUCUGUCAAAGCGAGUCAACCGCAUGAUUGGCAGAGUUGAUAAAAUCAUCACUGAGCUAGAGAAGGACAAGGAGGUCUUAGAUGGUCAGAUGGACUGCAAAACCACACCACCAAUAGGAUUGUUCUUUGAAAUACAUAGUGACUUGUCAAGGGAGAAUCUCGUGAGCAUCAACGAGCUCAUUGCUGUCAUGAAGCACAUCCAGAACAUUCCAGAAAACAAGCUGCUGAGCAUCGCUGAAGCGCUCGAUGAAAACAAGGAUGGCAAGUUAGACAUCGAUGAUGUCAUCAAGGUGAUAGAGCUGAUCGAUAAGGAGGACAUCGAUAUCUCCACCAACCAGGUAGCAGAGAUCAUGGUGAUGCUGCAAAAGGAGGAAAAGUUGAUGGAGAAGGAGAAAGCCAAGGAGAAGGCGGAAAAAGAGCAGGCAGCUAAACUCCAAAACUAAACUAGAAGUAAACGUCCCUGAAACUAUUGAAGACCAUGAAUGUGUUUAAGGUGUUUCAGAGUUAGACAGAAACUUAAGCUGUAAUUAUCUUUUUAUGAUAUGUUUUUCUUUUGGUUUGAUCGGGGAGAAAAACACUUGUAAAAUGUUAAGAGAGAUCAUGUGAUCUGUUCUGUUAUACACAAAUACGGAACAAAGUUUGCUUUGUUCAAAUAGGUUUUGUAAUGACUGACUUGAAAAGUGUAUUUAUUAGUAGAUUAAACUAAUUUAGAGAUACAUUUUGGAAGAAUAUAAAAAAAGAACCUUUACAGGGAAAUGUGGAAUUUCUGUGCAAGUAGUGACAGCAGAAAGAAUUGCAUUGGGAUUUGCAACUUGUUCAAAAUGGGCAUUGUUUUUACAUUUGUUUGGUGCCGCUAGUAGCACAGAAAUGAAACAUUUAAGCUUUAAGUAACAAAAAGUUAUUUAUAAUGAAUGAAUGAAUGAAACAUUCUCCUCAUUUUAUGCUUUUGGCAGUGAUGUAAUUUCCCGAAAUCUGAGGUAAUUUCCUUUCUUUGCAUUACAUUACCUGUCAUCGUCAUUCCACUAUUCAUUUAGUUUCUUCGGCUCCUUUUUUAGUUCUCAGCGCAUUUUUAUGAGAUUCUCGAACAUUGCCCGUAUGAUGUUGAUAUCGUCCUAUGUUUAUUUUAAAACCAAAGAUGAUAAGUUGCUUUAAAUUUUGUUUUGUAAAUACACGUUUAUCCCACUAAGCCCUGCACCUUGCAUGCUACACCGCAACGUUUAUUUUAUUCAGAAAUGUUUUGAACUGACUGAAGUCUAUCAUAAUGGAUUGCUUUUCAUAUUAACAUUUUGUGGCCUUAGAAACCAAGCAUCCCUUUUACCCCAAAAAGUGAAAUGGAGAUGUAAUAUAGCUAUAGAAAUAUUUGACAAUUUAUAAUUUCUUGGAUGUAACGGUAAACGUCUUUGCUAUAUGGACUAUAUGCUAUAUAGGACUCUGUAAUAUCAGGCUUGUGUUAGUGAUAGAUGGAGCGUGCUUGUGAAUACUUGACUGGGUACCUGGAAUGGAUACGUGUUUGGAAUAUAUAGAGAAAUCUUCAGUCAUUUUAGCUCAACCCAUCCUCAUAAUAAGAAGCCCAUCUGUAUCUGCUCAGGGGAUGACCUGAAUACGUACUCGGUCCUUACAUGGAGAAGUGCGAGUGGUGGCAUCGUGUUCUCACGCACACGUAUGCAGGGCUCCUGCUGACAGCGUGCAUUAACUGGAAUGCGUUGAUCAGCGCCACGCUUACUGUUUUGAUGCCGUGAGUCUGGUAGCGUAGCUUCACGGGGCACACGGGCCGUGAAUACAUCACUCUCAACCCUAAACAUGUCACGUAGAGGGACCAGCAUGUCUAACCUCGAAACUCUGGGUUGUGUCUCAGACUGCCAGACGACAGAUCUAGUUGUCUGAUUCAAGGUGCCUAUUUCACAUUUUGUCCCUUCACUUAGAGCUCUUUUACUUGCAGCCUGUGUGUGUAUAGGUUUAAGGUCUAAAUGCCAUUGAGAAACUAUUUUCACUCAUAAAUAUAUCUUUAUCAUAUAUUUGCGUUUGAACGAAGGUGAUGAUGUGUAAUUGCACUAUAAAUUAUUUAAAGCUUUAUUUUUCCCAUUUUGGAGUGUUGAUCUACUCAGGUGGUAUGUCUGCGUUUGCACAUCAAGAGGUAUUUUGAGACGACGCACACUUGAAUUUUUAUAGUGGUAGAUGGGACGAAGUGUUAAUAUUGUAGGAAGAUGUAAAAAUACUUUGCUUACUGUGUUUUCGUUAUGCAUAUUUUAAAAAUAUUUGGGAUGGAUUCAUAAAGGAUAUAGACCACAGAUAUAAAUAAUUAAAUUGUGAGACAAGGGACAAUUAAUAUUUAUUAACUUAUUUAAAGCUUGAGCCAAAUAAUUGAGCUAAAUGGAUCAAACUUGUUAUUAAUUCUCCCCUGUUGUAGUAUUCUUCUGGACUCUCUGUAUCUAGUUAUAUAAGAUAUCUAGUGUGCAUUAGCUAACUGAUGUUACGCUAGUUAACUGUAGACUAAAAAGGUUGACAACAGAGUAAUGUAGUAAAAACAUUAUUAAAAGCAGUUUGAUUCAACACAAUACAAAUCAUAAUUUUGUUGUUCAUACAAUCUUUGUAAAUAUAAUUUACAUACCAACUUUGUUGUUUCCAAAGUUGUGAAUAAAAUCAAGCUGAUCUUUAAAAAGUCAAAUAAUGUUUCAUUUUCUUUGUCAUAAAUUCAUGUACCAUCAAUCACUCACUAUAUACUUUCACAUUUAUCUAUUCAUUUUUGCGUUUUUAUUUUCCAGUGUUAAGCACCCAUUAUUGGCCAUUGACUGCAUGAAAUCAGAUCCAAGUUAUUCUCUCUGUAAUGCUGAGACUGUUUAAAGGGAUCAUGACCACACAAGAGUAACUUGAGUUCAAUCUGUUUGGUUGACAGUUAGGAAAUGCUUCACUGCUUUAUAGUUCAUAUUUUUUGACACUGAAUUUAAAAAAGUCCUGCAAGUUUAAAGACUUAUGGUAGAAAACAGAAAAGUUUUAGGGAAUUGUUUUAGAAUUUUUGAGCACAUUUAAAGAGUACAUUCGACGAGAUCAUGUACAUUACAUUUCAUGCAGUGUGUAAUGUUGCCAUAUAUGAAUGUAAGCAGUCUGCCAUGUUGUAAAGCCGAAGGUAAAUGAAUAACAAAGUUGUUGGUUUGGAAAAAAGGAAGUCGACUCUGAAUCACGCAAACGAGUCGUGUACUAAUGCGGUACAUCACUAUAUAAUCCCCGUAAAAAGUAAGGUAAGAAUAACUGCCUAUUAUAACAAAAUAAAAGGGUUUUUACACCUUGUACGUAAACUUGUUGGACACAACAUAAGCUAAAAUAGGACAAAAGGAAUACUCUUUAAACUGAAUUUGGCUUGUCUUUGAGAUUUAAUGCAGAUAUUGGUUUAUAUAUAUUUAAUAUAUAUUGUAAUUCUCCCAGAAUAGACACAGAUUUUUUUUAUAAAAAUUGUCUAGGCACAUUCAAAGUUGAUAAAAUAAUUGUGAUGCUAUGUUUUACACAUUGACAUUAUUUGACGUCGACCCUUUUUUCAUUUGCAUGUGUGGCUGUGAUAAAGGUCCCUUAACAAAUAGAAAGUGUAUUCCAAACAUAAUUAAACUUUCUAUAUUUAGUUCUCCUCUUAGAUUACAACUGGUCACUUCUAAACUUCUGUACAUAACAUAACAUAACAAACAUUUUAUUUGGUGUCUUAGCUGUUUUGCACUGAUGAGAAAAAUACUUUUAAAAGGGUUUAUAAAAGGGUAGUGUACUUAAAGGGACCGUUCCAGUUGGAAAAAUUGCUUUAUAACAAAAGAAGACAUUUUGAAGAAUGUAGAAGAGCAAACAGUUCUGUAGCAAUUUUGACAACCAUUGUUAUUUUCCCUACUAUGAAAAUCAAUGGGGGCCAAGAACUGGUUACAAGCAUUCUUCCAAAUAUCUUUCUCUGUGUUCAUCAGAACAAAGAAAUUUAUACAGAUUUGGAACAACUCAAGGGGGAGAAAAUUAUGAAUUCUUAUUUUGGCCUUUAAGGUUAUUUCGAUUUUUUUUUACAUUUAAUGUUUUUUGUUUCUGCCAUAACACUAGGGGGUGCUAUAGUCGUACACAUGCUGAAUUCUUACUGUUAAUAUGUUCUUAGCAGUUCAGAAUGUGUGUGUUUUCAUGAGUAGAUCAUGUGUAAACUCAUGACAGUAACAUAGCACUGGUUAACAUCACAAACAGUCACUUUACCAGUAUGUAGACGAAUAACAGCCAAGCCUCCCAAACAGUCAUUUCAUCACAAGUGUCUUAAACUCAAACAGUUUGACACCCAGACUAAAAUAUGGCUCGAAAUGAUGGUGUCCACAAUAAUAACCUGAAAGAACUUGAAGUGGCGUAAAUAACUGAGGGGAGUGUGACAGUAAAUCAUGUUUCUCUGAAGGUAAAGUCACGAGGACUGACAGCCGUGUAAAAGAGAUUUAUAUUUGUAGACAAGUUCAACAUCUCUAUGUCUACAUGUUAAACCCAACUUUUCUGCUUGAUGUGUCAUGGCUAGAUGCUAAAAGACAUAUAAUGUACUGUAUGUAUUGUAGUUAGGGGUUACUUUAUUUUCAUAAUGUUGCUGAGAGCAAUCUCAAAAACUGUUAUGUGCAUGAUUUAUGUUGUUUUUAUGUGGUCUCACUCCUCUAACAUUUCUUUUUAUACUCUUGAAAUAUGCGAGGAGACAAGGAGAACUUGCUUAAGCGGUCUUAAGUUACUGCUCACUUUUACAAUGUGUACAGCACUUUUAUGUAUGUGCCACAUUUAACCAGCGUAGUUCACUGAAUGUGAAGCUGCUGUAAGUGAUGCCGUUUAUUUAUAAGCAUGUGUUUUAUUUGUAAAUAACAAAGUCACUGUCAUAACUCUAUAGGCUCUUUAAAUGAAAAGAUUCUGAUUUUGACUGCGGCCCAGCAUGCCGUUCAGAAAGUCUGAAGGCAGAGUUAGGGGAGGACAGCAUGUUGGAUUGGACAAUGCUGGAUAAGGAAAAUUAGUUUGGAAAGAUUUUUACAAUGUCAAAAGACUCUGUAAGUGACGCCAAACAAUAAUGAAAAUUCUGUCAUCAUUUACUCACCCUCAAGUUAUUCCAAACCUGUUUAACACAAAGAAAGAUAUUUAGAAGAAUGUUUGCGACUGAUAUUUCUGGGGUAGGCAAGAAUGGUUGCCAAAGGGGUGUUUGUUUUCCUGAAUUCUUCAAAAUAUCUUAUUUUGUGUUCAACAGAACAAAUAAAUCUAUAAUUUUGUUCAACUAUGGAAGUCAAUGCCAUCCAUCCAUCCACUUUCUACCGCUUAUCCGGGGCCGGGUCGCGGGGGCAGCAGUCUAAGCAGGGAUGCCCAGACUUCCCUCUCCCUAGACACUUCCUCCAGCUCUUCCAGGGGGACACCGAGGCGUUCCCAGGCCAGCCGGGAGACAUAGUCCCUCCAGCGUGUCCUAGGUCUUCCCCGGGGUCUCCUCCCGGUGGGACAUGCCCGGAACACCUUCCCGGGAAGACGUCCAGGGGCAUGGAAGUCAAUGGUGCCCAAGAAAUCUCAGUUGCUAUCAUUUUUCAAAACAUAUUUCUUUGUUUCCAUCAGAACAGAGAAAUUUAUACAAAUUUGAAACAACUUGUGGUUGAGUAAAUCAUGACAGAAUGUUUGGAUGGACUAUGCCUUUAAUAGGGAAUUUUUCAAUGCUGAAAUGUUUAACCCAGAUGAUCAAAUAAGGUUGUCAAGUAUGUAUAAUGAACCAUUUCCUAUAGAGGUCACUCGCUGUACUUCACUUUCAGUGCUUUUCUGUGUGAUGACUGUUGAAUGUAUUGUAUGGGGGAGAGAUGAGAUAAUGGAUCAAAGUUUUUCAGGGUGGCAUACAGGUAAAAGUUCUAGUAUUUUGAAUUCAUUGUGCAUAUGCCACAAAAAUGUACAUGCUUCCAUAGACAAUCUGCUUUAUUUGAUUUUUUGCACUAAAUAAGCAAUCAGGGUAAAUGUAUGUUCAUCUCUUUCAUCAGUCUGACAUCAUAUUAAACUUCAA